AUGUUCGCUUUUUUGAUUUUUUCUUCAGCCCAAAAAACUUACCAAGGCUGGCAGAGCCAACCAAUACAAGAAGCAGCUCAAGAAUCAUAUAAUAUUAUCGAAUGCCAGUUCGUUGGAAUUGGUGGCGAUUCUUCUUCAAGUGCCCUAUGGUUACAUGGUGGUACAACAUCAACGUCAAUAUAUUUGCUUGCCACAUUAUUCCAUAGUUGUAAAGCAGGCCAAGGUGGCGCAUUCAGUUUUACAGACAACGCCGAUUUAAGGUUUUUCUUGUGCUGUGUUUCAAAUUGUCAAACAGGAGGCAAUUCAUACAGAAAAGGAGCUAUUGGAUAUGUAGUUCUAAAGAGUAAUGUUCCAAGAUUCGAAUAUUUUACUGCUAAUUCAAAUUCUGUUGGCUCUCGCAAUCUUCACGUUGAAUCAAGCCCGAAUUUUGUGAAUUGUAACUUUUCUAACAAUAUUGCUGAUAAUGGAAAGGAAAGUUACUCUUAUGGUAAUAUUUAUAUUUAUAAUAAUGGUGUUCAAACGACUUAUGGAUACUAUUUUACAAAUUUUUAUAGAAAUCAAAGCCCAUGUUCCACAAUAUAUCAUGAUUAUUGCCAGACUCUAUACAUUAAUUCUUGCAAUUUUUUGGAAAAUACUGUUACUGACUAUGCCAUGAUAUAUUUCUGGUAUUCAUGGUACGCAUAUAUAAAAAAAUGUGUAAUUAAAGGAAAUACACUUGGAAGCACAUAUAUUGCCGAUAACAAACGAUAUUCACAAGGAUGCGAAUUUUCUGAUUGCUAUUGUGACAACAAAAAAUUUGGAUCUGGUUGCACCACGAAAAACUGGGAUGAAGAACUGGAUCAGAAUUAUAUUUAUACUUAUUAUGCAACAGCAAAUUGUCAGGCUGUAAGACCUUAUCCAAGAAGAUCAAAUACAUUUGCACCAACACCUUAUCAAACAGCUUUUCAGACACCAUUCUUGACAGCAGCGAAGACACCAUUCUCAACACCAUUCGGAACAGCUUUCAUGACACCAUUCAGAACUAUGUCAUCAACACCUUUCAACACAGAAAUAGCUACACCUUUCUACACAGAGAGUGUCACACCAUUCAACACAUUUUAUAUGACACCAUUCAGUACAGCACACGAAACACCUGUUGUCACACCAUUCAACACACAUCAAACAACACCAUUCGAGACACAAUUCAGUACACCAAAUGACACUCCAUUUAAUUCGAUGUUCGAAACACCAUUCGACACAUGUUCCUCAACACCAUACGAAACAGCUUUUGAAACACCAUUCCAAUCUGCAUUUGAAACAGCAUAUGAAACACCAUUCCAAUCUGCAUUUGAAACAGCAUAUGAAACACCAUUCCAAUCUAUGUUUGAGACUGCUUAUGAAACUCCAAUUAUCACAGAAGCAGAGACAGCUUUCGAAUCUCCAUUCGAGACAGUUUUCGAAACAGCAUCACAAACAGCUCUCGAAACAGUAUAUGAGACACCAUUUGAAACAGCAUUUGAGACAGCAUAUGAAACUCCUGUUCAAACAGAAACAGUAUAUGA